AUGAUCACGCUCUCCGAGCUCAAGGAAGCCCUCAGGGGCCACAAGCUGCGAAACUUCAUGGAGUCCUUGAACAUCUCGACUCAGGAUGUGUGGACACUCUUCAUGGUGGUUGAUGCCGAUGGUUCGGGCGAGAUCUCUCUGGACGAGUUCCUAGACGUGGAAGUUUCCAUUUUUCCCACCCAUUUGGCCCUCCACUAA